UUCUUACAAGUAUUAUUCAAAAACACAAGAUUUUUUAAGUGUGACCAAAUUUUCACGUGAUUGAAAUACCUUAAUCUCAGUCUUAUUUCAAAAUCUUUUUCGAUAAGUAAUCAAAAUAAUAAUUUUGACGAUCAUUGAAUUAUUUAUGUCCGAUUAAUUAAUUCGAUUUUAACCGAAUAAUGAACAUUUUUGUUCUAUUUUUAAUUUUAUUUCCCAAAGGAAGCCCUUGAACCAAAAUUUCAGUUUUGCUAUGAACUCCCUGCCGUUUACCUUCCGUACGAAAAUCUAUUUCAUCAAAACCCUUCAAAACUGUAAUGACCUCGUUUUUGCAACCUUAACCCACGCUAAGAUCCUUAAAUCUGGUUUCCUUAAUGACACUUUCACCACUAAUUACCUCAUAAAUUGCUACAUUAGACUUCAAAAAACAGCCCCAGCUUUCCAACUGUUCGAUGAAAUGCCUGAACCAAACGUUGUCUCCUACAGCUCUCUCAUGUCAGGUUAUAUCAACGUGGGUAAACCUCAAAUUUGUCUUUGGCUCUUUAGAGAAAUGCAAAAAGGUACGGUUUUGCCAAAUGAAUUUACCUUUGCAACUGCUAUUAAGGCGUGUUCCAUACUAGCUAAUCUUAAAGGAGGGAAACAAAUUCAUGGACAUGUGGAGAUUUUUGGUUAUCAAUUUAACCUUGUGGUUUGCUCUUCACUUGUUGAUAUGUAUGGGAAAUGUAAUGAAGUCGAUUUAGCUCGGCGGGUUUUUGAUUCAAUGGAGGGUAAGAAUGUUGUAUCUUGGACGUCAAUGAUCACAGCAUAUGCACAAAGUGGAAGAGGGCAUGAAGCACUUGAAGUUUUUAGAGAAUUUAAUUGGUUAGUUCGGGAGCAUGCAAAUCAGUUUAUAUUGGCUAGUGUUAUUAAUGCUUGUGCAAGUUUGGGGAAGUUGAUUUCAGGGAAGGUUGCACAUGGGGCAGUGAUUCGAUGUGGCCAUCAUUUGGAUGAUGUAGUUGCCAGUGCAUUGGUGGAUAUGUAUGCCAAAUGUGGUUGUAUUGUUUACUCUGAUAGGGUUUUUCGAAGAGUUUCGAAUCCUUGUGUGAUCCCAUAUACUUCCAUGAUUGUAGCUGCUGGGAAACAUGGACUUGGUAAAUUGUCUAUUGAACUUUUUGAGGAAAUGAUCGAUAGAGGAAUAAGGCCUAAUAAUGUAACCUUUCUUGCGGUUUUGCAUGCCUGUAGCCAUUCGGGACUUGUAGAUGAAUCCCUUGAGUACUUGAAUUCCAUGUCUAGGAAACAUGGGAUGGAGCCAGAUGCAAAGCAUUAUACGUGUGUUGUUGAUAUGCUUGGCCGAACUGGUCAUCUUGACGAGGCUUAUCAGUUAGCAAAAUCUAUUAAAGUGAAUAAUGAUGAAGGAGCGGUGUUGUGGGGGACACUUCUCUCUGCUAGUAGACUUCAUGGAAGGGUAGAGAUUGCUGUUGAAGCUAGCAAAAGGGUAAUAGAAUCCAAUCAACAAGUAGCUAGUGCUUAUGUUACAUUGUCAAACACUUAUGUAUUGGCUGGUGAGUGGGAGAAUGCUCACAGUCUUCGGACCAAAAUGAAGCAGAAUGGAGUUUGCAAGGAACCAGGCUGCAGUUGGGUUGAGAUAAAGGACUCAACUUACGUCUUCUAUGCCGGAGACGUCUCAUUCGAAAGAGGGAGCGAGGUAUUGAGCAUGUUGAGGGAGUUGGAAAGGAAAAUGAAAGAGAGAGGUUACAAGGGAAGGACAACAGGUUUGGUAUUCGUUGAUGUGGAAGAGGAAGCCAUGGAAGAAAUAGUAGGCCUUCACAGUGAGAAACUUGCCUUGGCUUUUGGGUUGAUAAGUAUACCCAAUGGAGUAACCAUUAGAAUAAUGAAAAACUUGAGAAUGUGCAGAGAUUGCCAUGAGGCAUUCAAGUGGAUUAGUGAGAUCACAGAGAGAGAUAUCGUCGUGAGAGAUGUUAACAGGUUUCAUCAUUUUGACAAAGGACUCUGCACUUGCAGAGAUUUUUGGUGAUGUUAAUUGUAUCUUUUUGUUUAGCCUUGUGCUAGAAAAUUAUCACAUUCAAUUUGAUCUUGCUUUAAUAAAGAAAAUCAGUGAAAAUGACAUAAUCAAAGAUGUGGCAAAUUUUAGAUAAUUUGAGAUCAAUUUAGAUAUGCCCAGACCAAAAGUAAAGAUCAUUUAUAGACAAAAUCCAAACUAGAAGCUAUAUUGGUUACAUAUUCAAGAAAAUAUUCAUUUCAUUGUAUUGAAUAAUUGGUAAAUCAGCAAAGAAGGAUAUCCUCCCAAAUCUGUCAGAAGUUUGAAAUUACAAAGCCAAUUCCUUUCAACCUAAGAUUUGUGCAAAUACAAAUGAUUGCAAUCCACUGACUGAACCCAGAAAAUUGAAGCUUUCACACAGAUUAGACAUAAUUAGUCAACCAAAAAAUAUAUAUACAAGGGAGUGGACAGAAGAAAACUAAGCACUACAUGUGAAGGACUCUCAUCAACAGAUUUGCAGUUCACACCAAUGAAGCAUGAAGCAGUUAACUAAUCUAAAGCAAAGAAAGAUACUUCUAAGUUAACAAUCCUCCUCUGGGUGUCCCCUCAACUCCAAAAAGAAUAUGAACUCUUUGAUUCUUUCGACUCGAAACGACUGCAUGUGAUUAUUUACACCCACAAUGAUCAAAUUAAGACACCGCAUGCCUCUAUCCACCAUAGUUCUGAGAAAAGUAAUGAAAACAAGCCAGAAGCAGAAGAAAGGAAGGAAAGCAAAGUUACUGUCAGAUGUUAAUUUCACAUAAUAUGCUGAAAAAUAUGGCAUGAUAUAAUAUAGCAUACCUGAAAAUGCAGAUUGCUUCUCUAAGUUUGAAACUUGCACAAUUAUCUAAAGCACACCAAGC